AGAGGGCUGGUUGACUUGACUUUCACUUUCAUAUUCUACUUAUCUGUUUUUCUUUCAUUCCUGGUUCUUACAUUCAUGACCUGCUCAGAAUUAUAACUCUAAAUUUCGCCAUUAACGUUGCUGAUUACCCUUUGAGGAGCAUGGGUGAAUAUCUGCCAACUAGAAGCACCUCAGAUGUAGCUUCUAGAAUGGAUAGCCUGAAGGGAACGAAAACUGAUUUUGAGACAUUCACUUGGAAGAUUGAAAAUUUCUCAAAGCAAAACACCAAGAGUCUUCGAUCCAAGGCUUUUCGAAUCAGAGGUUAUAAAUGGCGGAUUCUUUUGUAUCCAUUAAGGAGUAAUGUCGAUCAUUUUUCAUUAUAUUUGAUGGUUGCGGAUUCUUUACCACCAUAUGGAUGGAGUAGAAACACAUAUUUCAAGUUGGCUCUAAUCAACCAGGUGGAUGGCAAUAAGUCAGUUGUAAAGGAGACUCUGCAGAAGUUCAAUGGUGGAUAUCGUAGCUGGGGCUCUUUAUUCGUGAAUCUCAAAGACUUCUAUGACUCUGAACAAGGCUAUCUUGUGAACAACACGUGCAUCAUUGAAGCUCAUAUUUGUGUCUCUGAUCUUAACACUAUUCAAGGUGACAACUUGAACAAAAAUACUCCAACCAACGACUCCAAACAAAGUGAUCAGGAAACAGAAACAUCAGAUGGGAGUGAGACACCUAGUUCCACAACAAGUUGGUCUAGUCAAAUGGAAGAGGAAGUUAAAGACACAGAGUUGACACUAAGAGACCUUGUAGAUUUGGAGAGUUUAGGAAGAGAAGAAGCAGCUUUUGUUCCACUUUUGGAGGAGGCUUGUACAUGGCAUCCUUCUCUAUUACUGAGCCAGAGGAAAAGAUCUAGCUGGUUCAAACUAUGGGCAUUCAUAUCUUUGGGCCAAGUUUUGCAUUUCCUCAAAACAAGGAAAGUGAAGGAUAUGAAUGAAGAUGCAUGCAAUCACCUUCAAGGUUUGUGGGAGGAACUUGUUAAGGCAUCUGGGUUUAAAUUGGAUUGGUUGGAGCCUCAUGUUCAAUCUGCAUUGGGCGUGAAAGUUCAUAUGGAAAGAACAGUGGCAGCGAAUGAACUAAAGGACAGAGUGGUUGCUUUGGAGAUUAAACUGAAGAAGCUGAGGGGAGAAUUGGCAGCUGCAGAAGAUGAGUUUGAGUUGGCAAGGAGAGAGUUGGUAGAAGCAAGAAAAGGUUACAUGGAGAUUGAUUUGUAUGCUGAAUUAGGUUAUGCCAUGUUUUAGACAAAUUGCAUUUACAGUGAACUUAUUUUGCUGAAGGUUCUCUAAAGUUCCAUUUCCUUGCAAAAUAU